CAGAAGAAGAAAUGUGGGCUUGUGUGUUUCUAGUUUGUGUGGCGGGUGUGUUUGGUGUUGGUGCAGAUGAAGUGACGUCAGUGAUGGAGGGAAAUUCUGUCACUCUACACACUGGUCUUAAACACAUUCAGAUACAUGAUCGCUUACUGUGGAUUUUUGAAUUUGCGGACACUCUUAUAGCGGAAAUCCACGCACAGAAUGUUUCAAUUUUUAAUAAAGAAGGUAUAUUUAAAGAUCGUCUAGAGAUGAACAAUCAGACUGGAUCUCUCACCAUCACAAACAUCACAACUGAACACUCAGGACUUUAUCAACUACGGAUCAGUAGGAACAUGAUUUCAGACAUUAGUUUUAAUUUGAUUGUCUAUGCUCAUCUACCUCCUCCUGUCAUCAUCAGAAACUCUUCUCAAUGUUCUUCAUCAUCAGAAAGAUCUUCAGUGUCAAAAUGUGUGUUGUUGUGUUCAGUGAUGAAUGUGACACAUGUGAGUCUCUCCUGGUACAAAGGAAACAGUUUAUUGUCCAGCAUCAGUGUGUCUGAUCUCAACAUCAUACUCUCUCUACCUCUGGAGGUGGAAUAUCAGGAUACAAACACAUACAGAUGUGUCGUCAACAACACCAUCUCAAACCACACACAACAUCUAGACAUCAAUAAACUCUGUGGGUCAUGUUCAGCGUUCAUGCAGAAGCCACACUGGGUGGGAAUCACAGUUUUUCUGGUAAUGCUGGUUGUGGCGACUGCAGCUCUGAGUGUAAUGUUCCUUCUCUACAGCAGGAAAACUAGAACAGUUCAGACUCAUGAUGAGGAAGAGAUUCAUUAUGCAGAUACAACAUUUAGUGCACGCCAUAGUGAGAUUCCGAAAGAUGCCCACACAUUGUACUCAAGUGUUCCUUUGAGUUGA